AUUUUCCUUGCAUCCAUUUUGCUUAUAAAAAAUUUGUGAUUUGGUGAAUUGAUAUCUAAAACAAGCAUAAAAGACCAAUGAACUAAUUAAAAAAGAAAAAGAAAAAGGAGAAUUCAGGGCAUCACUAAUCAAAGGAAAAUAUCGUAGAUGCUGCCAAGUGUAAUCUAUCUUGGCCACAUCCAUGUUCCAUCCACUUAUUGCAAAGUCUGCAAAUGUUCUGAUCAACAGUGUAGAUCUACCGGAGUCAUUUUAAUAUGAUACAACAUAUUCCAAUAACAUCAAGUUUAGUUCCUUUCACUGGACCAAUAUCGAAAAGGGGUCCCCAACUUUUAACACCAUCUUCAUCUGAAUGUAGAAAAAGUUUCUACUCAACAAAAUCAACCGGUCAGAAAUUGCCUUCAUGGCGACGAACGGUGAUGAUUAGAGAAAAAUCUUACCGAUGUAUGUAAGAUUCGACGAAUCAGAAUGUCAAGUCAAAGCGCAUUCAUGUUUACUUGGAGGUAUAAGAUUUGUCUUCUUGCGACCGUGUUAAACAUGUUUUGCGAUUAAAUAAUAAAAGAUGGGCGGUUAUAUGUUAUUAUCAGUGGCCAUUCCACACAGUCUCCGUCUAUUAUUUUAUCUGCUUCGAAUCUACACCCAAGCACCGAGUUUGUUUUGUUUACUUGGAAAAUGGAAAAUGGAAAUCGAUAUUUUAAGUUGAACACUGGAGCCGAAAUGCCUGCCCUUGGAUUAGGUACGUGGCAGGCUGAUCCUGGUGUCGUCGGUGACACUGUUGCUACUGCCAUCAAGGCUGGAUAUCGCCAUAUUGAUUGUGCUCGACUCUAUAGCAAUGAGAAGGAGAUUGGUUCAGUGCUAAAGAAACUGUUUGAAGAUGGAGUGGUCAAGCGUGAGGAAUUGUGGAUCACCUCCAAACUCUGGUGUACUGAUCAUGCACCAGAAGAUGUACUAGAAGCUUUGGACACAACUUUGCAAGACUUGCAAGUUGAUUACAUUGAUCUGUACCUUAUCCACUUUCCAGCUCGGAUGAAAAAAGGGUCCGUUGGCUUCAAUCAUGAAAACCUUAUUCAACCAGAUAUACCUAGCACAUGGAGAGCAAUGGAGGCACUCUAUGAUUCUGGCAAAGCUCGAGCUAUUGGAGUGAGUAAUUUUUCUUCAAAGAAACUAGGAGAUUUGUUGAAAGUGGCACGUAUACCUCCUGCUGUUAAUCAAGUGGAAUGCCACCCUUUAUGGCAGCAGAAGAAGAUACGUGCUUUCUGUAAAUCCAAGGGAAUUCACCUAUCUGGAUAUUCCCCGUUAGGUUCUCCUGGUACAACCUGGAUCAAGGUUGAUGUUCUCAAGCACCCAGUUGUGAAUAUGGUUGCAGAUAAAUUAGGCAAAACACCUGCACAAGUUGCUCUCCGUUGGGGCCUGCAAAUGGGUCACAGUGUACUUCCCAAGACCACAAAUGAAGCAAGGAUCAAGGAAAACAUGGACAUCUUUGAUUGGUCCAUACCUAAUGACUUGCUUGCCAAGUUUUCUGAAAUUGAGCAGGUUAAGCUAAUUAGAUGCGUUUCAUUUGUCCAUGAUACGUAUGGUCCAUACCGGUCUCUUGAAGAAUUCUGGGAUGGCGAGAUAUGAGCAAAUUCAUUAGUUGAUAUCCGGAUGGAGAGUGGGGAAGCAUGGCCAUGAUAUUAUUGAAACUCCGGUGCUUUGAGCUUGUCUGUGGUAGAGGACGAACGAGAUUCUCUUAUUUACUUCAGAAUAAUGGAUUGAGGAAUAAACAUCCUUGGAAACAUAGAACUAGAACCAAAAUCCGAGAUUUAAGACAUGACUCCUUUCAAUAAAAUCUUCCUAUUUGUGCCGUUAGAUUCCAAGAAUGGUUUGUUGUAAAGUCAGAAUGAGAUGAGAUGAAUAUUAUAUAUUUAUUAAUAAUGUGAGUCACUCCUGGGGUGAAAUCGAGUCGAGUCGAGUACCUAGGUAUUCGAACUCAACUCAGUUGCUACAAUAUCGAUUUUGAGUUCGAGUUAAAGCGUAGUCGAGCUUGAUGAAUCGAGUUUGAAC